UCUUACAUUUUCCCAUUAUUUUUUUUCUACAUCUGACAUUAAGAUCAUAAGUGUACUUUAGAUUAGUAAAAUGUUCUUCACAUUAAAAAAAAGGGGUUCUUUUAAGAGCAGUUCACUGAAAGGUUCUUUGAGGAACCAAAAAUGGUUCUUUAUGGCAUCGCUACGAAAACACCCUUUUGGAACCUUCAUUUUUAAGAGUAAAGAGCUUACAAAACCCUCCAUGCAGUUGUUUUCUGUAGGAAGCAUCAGAUUUUGUGUGUAUGUGAGUCACCUGAGCGCAAUGGGGCAUCAGGAGCUCCAAAUACACUCCUCUGAACUAACGCUUUAUGAACAGGCUCUCACUCUUUCAAUUACAGGUCGAGUCCAGAUGGCAGCCUGCCUUUCUCACGACCCAUCUGUCCAUCUACCCGCAGGACCUCACGCAGAUGUGUCCAGGCGUGGCAUUUUGAAAAGGUGAAGACGUCCUGAAGUUGGCUUUGUGUUGUGGUGCUCGUACGGAAGAUGCAAGUUGAUUCAGGCCUGCAUUUUGUCCCAUCACAUGUGAUGAAGUGCUACAGAUGGAUGUUGGUGGACGGAUCUGAUAUCAGACUAUACAGUACAAUCAGGUGAUAAAUAACCACACACAUGCUCUGCAUUACAAACUAAAGAAAUGAAGGAAUGUUUAUAAGGAUUAAAUUUUCAUUUAGAAGUUUUUUUUUUUUUUAAUAUAAUGUGUAAUUUUUCUUUCUUUCUUUCCAGCUCAGAUGUGUCUUUCUUUCCUUUUCAUUUGCACAGAAUUUUUUUUAUUGCUCACGUUGCCGUUUAGCAGAAUUUCUCAAUUGUGUUUGAACAUUAAAUAGCAACACAACUGAAAAAUGACACUUUGUACACGUGUGCUUUUUUGCCUCCAUUCCUUUUUAUUUUUUUAAACCACAAAUGAAAACUAAAUAUAUUUACUAAAGACGCUAAAAAUAAAGAUGCUUGCUUCAAUGAAAAACCUUUUAUAGACUGAUAUGAACAUAUCCUCAUAUUAACUUCUUGAAUUGUUUCCUUUUAAAACAUUUUAUUAUUCUCUGGUGUUUGGUGUCUCUUCACGUCAGAUUCAAGCCAAAAUGUGCUCACGAUUGCAGCGACUGUAUGAAAGUGUCCAUGAAAGUGUUCACAUUCACCAACACACUGACGGAUCUCCUCUUCUCUGCUGUACUCAAUUCCAACAGCUGAACUCCUCUGACAGACGAGUUUUGCAUGAAAUCAUUUGGAAAGUAAAUAGGAGAGAUGUGGCGGGCUCAUUCUCAUAGACGUGUGGGAUAAUUUGAUCUAGUGAAGUGUCCCGAUCAAUCAGAGAGUCGUCCGUCUCAAGAAGAGUGUCAACAGGGAAUAUUGACCUGAAGUGUGAGCUGGCUUUUACACAAAGUUGUUUUGGGUGGACCAGGAACUGUAAGAACACAUUUAAUCUCAGCAGAGGAUGUUUAAACAACUCCAAAAACAGCAUUACAACAUCUUCACUUUCUACAAACCAGACUUUAUUUAUUUCAUACAUCUCACGUUCUUAUUGAGAAUUAACAGUUGUUUAGCUCUAGAUAAUUUUUCAUUUGAAGUCGCCAUUAUGGUGAUUAGUGUUUGCUUUAGUUGAACUCUUGACGCUUAACUUUUUUAUUUUUGUCUUCUCUGGCUGCUGUAACAGUGUGUUUGUAAAACAUGUUUGCAAUAGCAAAGAAAGUCAAGACAAAAUGAGAUCAGAUGAUGUUUGCUAUUAAGUAUUUCUGAUAAUAUAAUCAUCAUAAAGUGGUCUAAUUCACUGAUAAUUGUCACACGCUCACAUCACAUGGACUUUCAGUUAGUUUGUUUUCAUUAGUCACAUUUGCUCCUUUGUUUUAUUUUCCCGUGCUGUGCCAUGUUUUGUUGAAGCGUUUUUGUUUGUAUUUUUGUGACUACUUGUUUUUGGUUUUAUUUCAGCACAAUGGAUCACUUCGCAGCAGUUAAACUGCUGUGCCUUGAGCAGAAGGACCGCUCCCUCGAGGCACAUUUGGAAGAAUUUUCUCAGCCUCGUACCAGCUACAACUUUCUGGACAACUGCCUCUGCAGCUUCCUGUAUGCCAGCCUCAACACCACCACCAAGGAGCAGCUGCCCGGGGAAGGCCCUCGAGGGAGCUUCGCCAGAUACGAAGAGUGGGUGCUGGUGUCAUGUGAUUCGCCGCUCACAGUGGACAUCAUCGACGACGAUGACGCCAGCCCCACUAGCUACCCAGUGCCCAGCCAACAACACCCAGACUGCAGGGAUCGGCAGCCCGAGCUCACCGCAGGCAACGAGAGCCACUCCGCCACGACAUACGAGCCAAGGCACACAAGAGCGACUGAGCUGAACAUCGCCACGGAGCCUGAGCAACGCGUGCCUGACCAGGUGUGUGAGCCAGCAGCUUCAUCCAUCGCUGAGGGAGUCCUUGUGGAGUAUGAAGGGAUUGAAACGCCCCCCACCCCCGCCACUGAGAGUGAGUGUUCGGCUACCGCUCUGGAGAAAUUUUUUGAUUUUGGAAUGGUUGAUUUUCUAUCCCCUCUGUUACUGCCUGAAUCUGUCUGCCAUGUCCUGAACCUGCUGGUCCCGCCCAGCCUCCCUCACCCACCACCUCUCCAGAAUGCUAUGGAUAUUGUUUUAUUUUUUAUUUGAUUUUGUUCUCCUUUCCAGUCCUCAGCUAAUCUUGCCACCCAGUCAUCGCUACCUCCCAUCAGUCCCUCAGCGCCUCCUCUCAGUGGUAAGUCUACACCUCAAGCCCGCUGGGAGCCAUCUCUUCCUGGCUGUGGGAAGCCUGUGGCUCCGUCUCUGCCUCUGCACGCUCCACUCCUCCUCGACCCGUCGCCCUGGCUCCUGCGUCUGCGCUCCUUCCUACCUCGAUGUCGGCAGUGACCAUCAAGCGUUCAGCCUCGCCGGGCUCCCUCAGUAUGUCGGCUCCACCUGGGUUGGGUAUCACUACACCUACGCUGCGGACUUGCAGGCCGGUCAUUGCUCUCCGGCCCUCCACCCCUUCAGCUUUGGCCAGCUCCUCCCUCCCUCAGGCUCCGCCUCUGCCUUUGGUCGCUCCAGCUCGACUUCAGCCCUCUGGAUCCUAUCUCGGGUGGUUGUCACUGCGGCUAUGUCGUGGCCGCCUAGAUCUUCGGAGUCCCUUCGCUACAUCGGCCAUCGGCCUUCCUCCACGUCAUCGUUGCCUCCGGUCGUCCCCAUGGUGGCAUCAGUAACUACAUCAACAAGUCUCCUCCCUCCUGCGACGCCGCCAUGGGGCGCAGUCUCUGCUGUGGCCUGGGUCAGCAACUAUCUUCCUCUGCUCAAGGCUCAACCUGGACUCAAGCCGUCCACCUCCAGAACCGCCUCCUCCAUCAUUUGCCCAUUUCAUCAUCUCUUCAUCCUCACCUCCUCUCUACGACGCUCCUUCCGGGAGGGGGCGUUCUGUCACACGCUCACACCACAUGGACUUUCAGUUAGUUUGUUUUCAUUAGUCACAUGUGGUCCUCUGUUCUUUUUUCCCCUCCACAAUCAGUCACCAUGGACACUGCACUAAUCAUCACAGCUGUUUGUCAUUUGAGUUAAUCAUCUGUUUAUAUAAGUUCAGUUCUGUUGGUGUGUCUAUGUCUGGUUGUGUUGCUUGCUUCUCUGUUGGAUCGUACUUGUUUGGAUUAUUAAAGUUAACCUGUUUAUACUCAUCUUCAUCUUUGUCUGUAUUUACACAACCAGCGAGUUACAAUAAUGAGAACUUUUGUAGACAUAUGAGAGAAAUAAAAUCAAACUGGUUUGUA